AGAACUGUCGAUGAAAGGCCCCCGAGAUUGGUUUCUGCCCAUAUUCCCGGUUUUCAAUGUGAACAAACCAGGCAAGGUUCGAGUAGUUUUCGACGCAGCGGCGAAGGUUCAGGGUGUUAGCCUCAACACAUAUUUACUAAAUGGACCAGAUCUGUUGGCAGGGCUUCUAUCCGUAUUAUAUAAAUUCCGUGAGCAUCGUGUGGCCAUAGUUGGGGAUAUUAAGGAAAUGUUUUUCCAAGUCCGUAUGAAACCAGAUGAUCAACGAUCCCAGAUGAUUUUAUGGAACGAGAACGACUUUACAGGUAGCGAACCGGAUGUCUAUGCAGUUGCUGUUAUGACUUUCGGUGCUGCAUGUUCGCCAAGUACCGCACAGUUCAUUAAAAAUUUGAACGCAGACCGUUUUGCUGACAAAUAUUCACGGGCUGUAAAAUGCAUAAAGGAAGAACAUUAUGUAGACGAUCUUUUGGCCAGCGCUGAAACUGACGAAGAAAUCAUCACGUUAGCUGAACAAGUCCGGCAUAUCCAUGCUGAAGGUGGUUUCGAAAUCCCAAACUGGCUGUCUAACUCACAUCGUGUGACAUCUCACCUACAACGCGAGGCAUCACCCGAAGACAAAAUAAACAUGUGCUCCGAUGAUCGCACCGAAAAGGUUUUGGGUAUGUGGUGGGAUACGUUAACCGACACAUUUACUUUCAAGCUAUCCCCCAAACACGACAUACAGCUGCUAUCUGGAGGACGGAUGCCAACAAAACGCGACGUUCUGCGAACAGUGAUGGCGAUUUACGAUCCAAUGGGAAUCAUCGCGAAUUUUCUCAUGUACGUAAAAAUUCUUAUGCAGGAAAUUUGGCGUGCUGGCCUUGGAUGGGAUGAUGUGUUGUCCGGUCGACUAGCCGAAAAAUGGAGCGUUUGGGUUGCGGUAUUGCCGACUAUUUCACAAGUACGUGUUCCUAGGUGCUAUCGUCAGUUCACUUCGGUAAAUGCAAAAAUACAGCUUCAUGUAUUCUGCGAUGCCAGCGAGAACGGGAUGGCUGCAGUGGCGUUUUUCCGUUUCAACGAUGGGGGUAUUAUCGAAUGCUCUCUGGUGGGUGCCAAAACUCGCGUAGCUCCGAUUAAGUUUGUAUCCAUCCCGCGCCUAGAACUGCAGGCCGCAGUCAUAGGAGCCCGCUUUGCUGCAGCGAUUAUCGCCCAACACCGAAUAGCCAUCGAACGCAUUUUCUACUGGACCGAUUCACGUGACGUGAUAUGCUGGAUGCGGUCUGAUCAUCGCCGAUUUAGUCAGUUCGUUGCUUUCCGAGUAGGCGAACUCCUGGAGACGACUUCUGUGCAUGAGUGGCGCUGGCUAUCAACAAAGUUAAACGUAGCUGAUGAUGGAACGAAGUGGCAGAAGGUACCAACUGCAGAUCCCGAUAGUCGCUGGUUUCGCGGACCGGACUUCUUGUGGAAGCCCGAGUGUGAGUGGCCAGUUCCCGAACAAUAUCCCACCGACACGAAGGAAGAGUUACGGCUACACAUGAUGCAUCAUAACACAAACACGAAGCCAUGGAUUCAGCUCGAGCGUUUUUCAUCCUGGAAUCGCUUGUUAAGGUCAGUAGUGUACGUCUUACGAUUUGUCUCCUUUAUCGUUUCUAAGAGAACGGCUAGAACAACAGGACCGCUAACACAAGGCGAGCUUGAAAAAGCAGAAUAUGCCAUUCUUCGAUUGGCACAGAGGGAUGCCUUUUCACAGGAGAUACGACGAUUAACCGACGCACGUGACGCAAGCGAACAACGUUGCACAUGGAAAUCCGUGUUGCCGAAGACGAGCAUACUUGCAAAGCUGUCCCCCGAGGUCGAUGACAACGGAGUACUGAGAAUGCGCGGACGCCUGACCAAUUGUCCUUGGGUUAGCGAAUCUACCAAGCGGCCCGUGAUCCUGCCACGACAACACCAGGUGACAGCACUAAUUUUAGCAGAUUUUCAUCGUAGGUUCCAGCAUAUAAACCAUCACGCGGCAAUAAAUGCGAUACGAAGCAAGCUAUACAUACCGAGACUGCAAGCCGAAUUCAAUCGUAUCCGUAGGACAUGUCAGCACUGCAAAAACCGUGAUGCCAAGCCAGAGCCUCCAGAGAUGGGGAACCUUCCCUCCGAGCGUCUUGCUGCUUAUCAGAAGCCGUUCUCAUUCACGGGCGUCGACUAUUUUGGCCCGGUAACCGUAGCAGUUGGUCGACGAGUCGAAAAACGUUGGGGCGUUCUCUUCACCUGCCUCACCACCAGGGGCAUCCAUCUAGAGGCUGCGCACUCCCUGACCACAUCAUCAUGCAUCUUAGCUAUACGUCGUUUCAUCGCUAGGCGUGGGCAACCUUUGGAAUUCAUCAGCGACAACGGUACGAACUUUGUCGGUGCAUCGCGAGAGCUUGCUGAGGCCUGGGAAGCGAUAGACAAACAGCGUUUAGCGGAGGAGUUUACAACACCGCGUCUCGCGUGGAAAUUUAUCCCACCUGGUGGACCACACUUUGGAGGCUGCUGGGAACGACUAGUGCGAUCCGUCAAGAAGGCGAUGAGCGAAAUACGGAUGUCUCGGCUACCAACCGACGAAGUGUUAACGACUGCAUUAACGGAGAUCGAAGCGAUGCUUAAUUCUCGCCCUCUUACACAGGUACCACUUGACAGCGAAUCCGAGCUUCCUUUAACCCCGAACCACUUUCUGCUAGGGACAGCUAACGGAGAGGCACCCAAAGCAGUAUUCAGUGAAGACGUCGCUACCCUAAAAACCACAUGGAAGGUAUCAGAGGUUAUGGCUAAUCUCUUCUGGAAGAAGUGGGUAGCAUACUACUUACCGACCUUAACGCGCAGAGUUAAGUGGCAUCAUCAGGUUCGUCCGAUUAAGGAGGGCGACAUUGUAGUGAUCGUGGAUCCAAACCUUCCCCGAAACACUUGGCCCAAGGGACGGGUAGUGGCGGUCAUCCAGUCGAAGGACGGGCAAGUCCGGCGCGCAACCGUAGCUACAAGCACCGGAAUCUACGAACGGCCGGCCACGAAGAUAGCCGUGUUGGAUGUACAACAGGAAAAUAAUACUUACCCGCUGGAGAUCAAUAGUCGACAGCACUAAGAAUAACCCACGAAAUGGUAAGCGAAAACACAUGGUCACGACACAACAACAAUAACGAACUGAAGAGUCAAGAGCUUCCGGGCAAUUGACUGGGCGGGAGAAUGUUAUUGUUUAACACAGGAAAACAUCGAAUGUCAGCGCAAGUGUCAAGCAGUGACAUUUGACCCACGUUACUGCUCGACUGUGGGACUGCUCGACUAACGAUGAGGAUCGAGCAAAU